AUGAAAAUUUCUAUUAAUUCGUCUUUUGUCGAAAACAAUUUGUUGUUUAAUGCUGCUGCUGUCGAUUAUACAGAAAUCGAUUUAAAUAUUCUACUAAAUAUUAUUACUUUAACGAGUACAUUUAUUACCUGUUCUGCUGCUCCAUUGAGUGGGUUUGCCCCUGGGUCAUGUAUUUUUAAUACUUUGGCCUUUAUUUCAAGUUUAAUGUUAAACAUACUUGUUGGUAUGGAUAAUUCAUUACCAGAAGGUGGCUCUGUUGGAGAUUUAUUCACUAAGAUCGGCGAUGAACUUAGUUCCAAACUGGGGGAUUACGAGACUCCCUUGUUUAAGAAUACUAUUAAAAAAAUGGGUUCAUUUGGUGAUAUUUUCAAAUAUGAGAUUACGCAGGAUGGACUUAGAUGUGUUUCUGUUCAAAUUGACAAAUUAGGUAGUAAUAUCUUACCUGGAGUUAGAGAACGUGUCUGUAUUACCCCAGUUGGUCUAGAACUGAUUACCAAACCACAUAAAGUAUCAUUUAAGAGUAUGGGCAGUGAAUUAAGAUAA